CCUCCUACAACAUCCCAGUACACUAUGCCUGUUGGGGCACCCACAUUCACCAAGUCAAACAACGCUUCAAUGGCACAAGAAACAAUAUUGAUGAUGUUAAUGCCAACAUCAUUCAUUUCCAUGAGUUCCCCACUCCUCCAAAUCUCUCACCAUCGCCUUUGAAAUCCUCUUUUCAUCUCCGCCAACCCGUAGCUUCACUCUUACAAAAAAUAUCUCGCACAACCAGAAGAGUUAUCAUCAUCCACGAUGUCGUCAUGGCUUAUGUGAUUUAAGACGGUGCUACUCUACCAAAUGUAGAAGCAUUUGCUUUUAAUCCCAUUUCUGCGAUCAUCAGUUUCUUCGAUGGAUGGAAAGUUAUGGGAAAACCUUUCCAGAAGCGACAAGAAGUACCAGAAGGGUUGCCAUCUAUGCAAGAUUCAGGCGUCACUGCACCUGAGCUUGUAAAUCUUUCAAGUCUUCACUCUGAUUUUAGAUCUGGAAGUAUCAUUAAUUCAUGCAGAUCAAUUGAAGGUCCUUAUAUCGAUUUGUUAGAAAAGGAACACAUUGCUGCAGACCAGAAGCAAUGGGCAAUUGGGCCAUUGAACUUAUAUGACAGCAUAAAUUCAAAAGGCCAACACAAAUGUUUGGAGUGGCUUGAUAAGCAAGCUCCAAAUUCUGUGUUGUAUGUUUCGUUCGGAUCGACAACUUCAAUGACAGAUGAACAAAUCAAAGAGCUUGCAAUUGGGUUAGAACAAAGCGAGCAGAAGUUCAUCUGGGUGUUCAGACAUGCAGAUGAGGGAUCCAUUUUUUCAGAAGAUGUCAAGAGAGGUGAACUGCCAGAAGGGUAUGCAGAGAGAAUGAAAGAAGUUGGAAUGGUGGUGAGAGAUUGGGCACCUCAACUACAAAUUUUGGGGCACCCAUCAACAGGUGGGUUCAUGAGUCACUGUGGAUGGAAUUCAUGCACGGAGAGUAUUUCCAUGGGAGUGCCUAUAGCUACUUGGCCUAUGAACUUUGACCAACCCAUUAAUGCUUUUCUGGUAACAAACAUAUUGAAGGUUAGCAUUCCAGUUAAUCAAUGGGCACAACAGAAGGAGCUAGUGAGUUCAUCAACCGUUGCAAAAGCUAUCAAAACAUUAAUGGCAUCAAAAGAAGGAGAAGAGAUGAGGAAGAAAGCUGAGGAACUAGGUGGUGCCACUCGGCUCUCUGUGAAGGAAGGUGGUGACUUGGAUUCGUUCAUUGCUCACAUAAGUGCGUCCGGAUCCUCUAGAGUGAUCCUGUGAAGUGCGUGUCCCAUUAAUGGAACCAAUGGCUGAGAUGAUGCCUAGACAAAAUCACGUCGUUUUGGUACC